AACACAAUAUUUCUACAUUAGAAAACAGUAUUUUUCUCAGUCUUCCGAGAAUUAAAGUGUCGAAUAGCUGAUAGCAUGUAGCUCACUGCGCAGUAUAACUGUGUAAGUACUGCUCUGCUGGAAUGCUUAUGUCACUCACUAGAACGUGAACUGGAGGAAGAUGGUGUUGCAGCUGGUGUCGAACAGUCCCAAGAGCGCACAGGCGACGGAGCAUUCCGCAGUUCCAGCUCCGGCAGCGGAUGAUGCGCAGUGUCUCCGCUGUCCAAAUCCAUUAAUUGUUCGACGCGGCUCGUGUUGGCAUCAGGCCUGGACUUGCGAAGAACAGACGCUCGGUAUCCCAUCGUAGAAAACUAGCAAUGUAAGAAAACUACAACAUCGUCGUUUUCCAGUUCCUGAUGCUAUUACAAUCCCCGAACGAUUAAUUCGCUGACUUUCACGAGUUGGUGGCAAACUUGCAAUAAUCUAUAAACAUAUUCACCAUUCACGGUCUAAAGAAGAUGAAACGGUUGCAAAAUUAAAAGAGACAACAUCCGUCACAACAUUCAACAAGGCACAAAAAUUAUUUUUAAUGCGACGCGGAGCAAACGAAACGUCAACUCGGACUGGCAGAGCAGGCACACGCAGUAUCACUUCCGGUCGACCGCAUGAAGCUGGUUCCCGGUGGGGGCUACCAACUGCCUGCUAAGCACGCUCGCCAGGUCCACGAGAAAUCCUUGGGAAAUUUUUAUUUCUGAUGUUUGCUGUUUGACUUUUCUCUCAUGAUUGUUGGAAAACAUCGCCUGCUUUUCUCCUGAAUACCUGUAUUUUUUUCAUUAUUUUGUUUUCUUCAAUCUGUGAGAGAACGGAGCAUCUGUUUUUGUCCGGAAAGACUAUCUGUUGCGUGAUCUGAAACUGCACACGUCAUUGAUCAUUUCUUAUUUCUAUGGUUUUUUUCCCAUCACAAGGAACCUUGAAGUAAUCUGUAAGGUUCUGACGUCCUGGACUGAGUGGUGAUUGACGGGUUGGAGGAAUCGAAUUUUUGCUUUGUGUGGACGUAGCUGAGUGCUUGCCCGUGUGUUAGCUGUGAGAUCUGUCAGUCAAACGAAAAUGGCCAAACGGACGUAUGAUCUGCUCUUCAAACUGCUGCUGAUCGGGGAUUCCGGAGUGGGCAAAACCUGCAUUCUCUUCCGAUUUUCCGAUGAUGCUUUCAAUACGACCUUCAUUUCCACUAUAGGGAUUGAUUUCAAGAUCAAAACCAUUGAACUGCGAGGAAAAAAGAUCAAACUGCAGAUCUGGGACACUGCUGGACAGGAGCGCUUCCACACCAUAACAACGUCAUAUUAUCGCGGCGCCAUGGGGAUUAUGCUGGUGUACGACAUAACACAGCCCAAAUCGUUUGACAACAUCGCCAAAUGGCUGCGUAAUAUCGAAGAGCAUGCCAACGAGGAUGUGGAGAAGAUGCUGCUGGGCAAUAAAUGCGACAUGGAGGACAAACGGGCCAUCAGCCGGGAACGCGGUGAGUCCAUCGCGCGGCAGCAUGCCAUCCGCUUCCUGGAGACCAGCGCCAAGGCCAACAUCAACGUGGAGCGGGCCUUUUACGAGCUGUCCGAGGCCAUUCUGGAUAAAGUCUCCAGAACUCCGGGCGGCGGCGGCGUCCAGGAGAAUACUCCAUUGCCACAAGCCAGCGGUAAACCCGGCAAAGGAUGCUGUUAAAUCCAAGCUUAUAAUGUCCGCGUUGUGAUUUUCUCCCUGGAUUGCUCAUGGCUUUGCCAGGCAAGCAACACAUUGGUCGAAUGCAUCUAGCGGCGAUCUUCUGCAGCAGCAACAGCAGUACGUGCUGGACAUUAUCCGGACAUGUUCUAAUUUGAUUGAUUUUUACAUGUUGCUUGCUUGUUUUGUAUGGUUAUAAUAUUACGUAGUUUACCGUGGUGCCGGCGCUCGAUGCGUGGUUGUUCCUUUCUGAUCAUUUUUUGGACUGUUUCUCAUUGUGAGUUUAUUUAUUCUAACCAGGCAAAAUCUUGAUGGCCGGUUUGUUAUUCGACGCUUCCAGUUUGCAUUAGCUUUUUCUGAACUAUUUAAUAUCAUCUUUAUAAAAUCAGUUUGUUUCCCUUUGAUGCUUUGUUUGGGAUGGUAUUUAUGGAUAACUUUUGGUUAUUUGUUCUUUAGUAAAUAUAUAAACGCUUUGGUUUAUGUUUACUUAGCAGAUACUCCCAGAAAUUAAAUCAUUUUUCGCUCGU